AUGCAGCAUUUUUUUUAUGUUGUUAUCUUUUCAAACCCGAUAUUGGAGAUCAAGUUAGUGGUGAUUCUUUUGUUGGUGAGGGUUUCUCAAAUUGGAAGAAAAAAAGAAAAAAUUCAGACUCAUGUUGAAAGUCCCAAUAGUGUACAUAAUCAAGCUUCGAGUAAAUGCCAAGACUUGUUAAACCAAAACAAACAUAUUCAAACGAUUUUUUUCAAACAAUCUGAUCAAGCUCGAAUUGAGUAUCGAACCCAUUUGAAUGCAUCGGUUGAUUGUGUCAAAUUUCUUCUAAGACAAGGACUUGGGUUUUGUGGGCAUAAUGAAUCUGAAAAUUCAAGUAACCAAGGAAAUUUUCUUGAGCAUCUCAAGUUUCUUGCUAAUCAUAAUGAAGAUAUCAAAGUGGUUGCAUUAAGCAAUGCUCCACAAAAUCUCAAGUUGACAUCUCCUGAUAUUCAAAAAGACAUUGUAAAUGGGGUGGCAUUUGAAGCUAUCAAUGUGAUUACUAGAGAUCUUGGUGAUGCACUUUUUUCUAUUUUGAUUGAUGAAGCCCAUGACAUAUCAAUCAAGAAGCAAAUGGCAGUUCAAGCUGUGGAAAAUUUAUUUUCCAGACUUGGAUUGAGUAUUUCUAGAUUGCGGGGUCAAGGAUAUGAUGGGGCUUGUAAUAUGCAAACUGUAGCAAAGAAUCAUAAUCAAAUUACUUUAAUUUUCACUUUGGUUUCUAAUGUGGUGAAUGUUGUUGGAGCAUCAUGUGAGUUAUCGCAAGCACUACAAAGGAAAGAUCAAGAUAUUGUUAAUGCCAUGAAUUUAGUUCAAAUUUCUAAAGUACGGCUCCAAAAGAUGAGGGAGUGUGGGUGGACAUCUUUAUUUGAUGAUAUUUUGUCUUUUUGUGAAAAGCAUAAAACUGAUGUUCCCCAAAUUGAUGAUAUGAAAAAGUUAAUUCAUCUUGUUGAAUUUUAUCCCAAAGAAUUUUCUUCAGUGGAGCUCAUGGUACUUAUUGACCAACUUGAUACAUAUAUUAUCGAUAUUCUAUCCAGUAGUGAGUUCUCAGUGUUGAAUGUAAUUGCCGAUCUUGCUAAAAAAGUUGUGGAGACUGGAAAAGACAAAGUAUAUUCAUUGAUGUAUUUGCUCUUGACUUUAGCAUUAAUCUUACCUGUUGCAACUACUCUUGUUGAGAUGGUAUUUUCAGCUAUGAAUACUGUGAAGAAUUGGUUGCGGAACCGAAUGGGUGAUGAAUGGAUAAAUGAUAGUUUGGUUGUCAACAUUGAGAGAGAUAUUUUUUAUGGCAUUGACAAUGAUACUAUCAUGCAAAGAUUUCAAAAGAUGAAAACUCAUCAGGGUCAAUUGUAA